GUCCUUCUCCCCUGGGCAGCACAAAGUUCAGUUGACCUCAGUUCAGCGGGGAGGGUGCGCAAACCGUAGAAACGUAGUGGUUUCGAGACAGCCCGCCUGUGGUCCUGUCAGUGUGGGGGCCGUAGUUGCAUAACUGAAGAACCCGGUGGCCUCGAAGAGCUCAACAAUGAUCAACGCUGAGUUAGUUCAGUUGGUGAAAACCUUCUUGACAGGACAUAAGACCGAACAAGAACGCAUCGAAAGCCCAUCGCCGGCACAAUUGGCCGUAUUUGACAAGAAAGCAGCAAAAGGGUACUACUGCUUCACUUGGCGUACCUCGUCAGGCGACAAAUGUGUCUGCGGGACUGAGGCUAUCGCGCCGAGGCGGAUAUCAAAGUUCGUGAAGCACCAUCACUGCGGCGGUGGUCCUUCUUGCCUGAGGGAAAUAUGUAUGUCAAACGCUACCAGUGGCGCCGAGUGGAAGCCAGUGGUGUCCAGGGACAUCCAAAGGCUCAGCUGCAUUUGCCCGCACCUGCGCGAGGUUUCUCUCAACGGUUUUAGCUUCGGCGCCGCACAUCGGAAGCGACGCAUCAAGCUUCGCGACUUUCCUAAGCAUCUGGUGUCCCUCUCUUUGCGCAACUGCGUUCUCGACAUGAAGACAUUCCUCUCAGCGGGACUCGUCGAAAACAGCGAACUGACUGCCCUUGACCUGGGCCGGUGCUUUUUCCUCAAUGAUAACAAGUCUCGCAGCAAAAGACGAGUGGCUUGGCCACUGCUUCCUUUGCUCGAGAGAUUGUGUUUGGAAGGUUGCCCGUUCCUCAUUUCCGAAGCUCUCCUUAGCGACGUCCUGCUUGGUUGUCCAUCGCUGCAGGUGCUGGACUUGGAAGGCACAUCUCUGCAAAGUACCGUCGACGUCGCACUCAUCGGACGAUGCCUGCCAAAGCUCAGAGAACUUUUCAUUGGGUGGACUGACGUGAACGACUCUUCAUUUCUAGCACUGGAACGAGGAUAUUUCGAUGAGCUUGUUACGCUGUGUCUCGUGGGAACUCACGUGACGAACUUGGGCGUGCUGGCGGUCUGCGGCAUUUGUCCGCGGCUGCGUACAAUCCGUGUAACUAUGGGACGCUGGGCUGUCAGGAAGCUUGAAAGAGUGGAUGUCUGUCACUGCGUUAGCAUUGAGAUUGUUUGCUUCAGGAGCGACAAUGUGCAUGCGUUUAUACGCCACGAAGGAUGCGAGCACUUCCGCGAGCAUGCGAAGCGAUCACUAACAUGACGAAAGAAGGAAUAGACAAAACUGGAUGCACAUGCGCCAGCAACAUGCUAACUGCUUCACAAGUUUUGGAUCACUUGCUUUUGUAUAUACGCGCAUGCUCACUUCAGCACUAUUCUAAAUGUGCUCAACAGACACGCCUGCUGUAGGCAGUCACAGAAUUUCUGUUGUGUGUCUGUAUUUAGAGUGACAAAUACCUAAAUGCCAGUGACUUGCUAGUCUUUGUAUUACAAACUGGUACACUAUAUAAUGCUGUCGAAAAAGGACAAUUUGUGCUUGGAAAUGAAGCACAAUGCUUUGACGUGCUAUUUGAACGUUUACUUUCUGUAUAUAGGCAUAUUGAGUGAACGAAAGGGUUUUUACUUUCGUUGUAGCUGUACUUAGUUCGCUCAAAUGAAAAAAAGAUACAAAGAAACGGGUUAUAUGACCAGGUUUAUGCAUAUACGGCGCAAACGGCGCUGGCAGAAUAAAGUGAAUGGGCAAAUGCUUUUAAAUUUUUUUUUUGCCUCUCGGAGACAGUGUAUAACGUACCAAGAAUGAGAGCCUGUGGAUUUCCCCAGACGCCGCCGAGUCGGGACGAGUGGGAAAACACGAGCAGGUUUGCAUAUUUACAAGCAACCGAUUGUCACCGCAUUGGAACUACGACAAAUACGAACUUCCGCGCUGGACAAUGCCUCUGCCACGGAAGAGCAAUUCUCAUUUCCGCCGAAGCAGCUGCGGCGACUGAAUAAACCAUUCUAUAGGUCUCUCAUUCAAGCUGCAACCGCAUAAUACGUUCAGUUCGCGGUGUGAACGACACGCCAGCACGCGAGGUCGCCGAGCGAGGUGCGAUAAAAGGAAAAAAAAAAACGUUGCUUUUUGGCCCGGAACAGAAGCAGCUAAACCACUGCGGUAUCUAAAAUAGCAUUGUCGUAUUGUGAAGCAAUCGAACAUUUGUUUACGAAAUGAGAAACACGUGGGCGAUUUGAGCAUAAGCAGCUGCGACCACUUGCUCGAUGCUUCUUUUCUCAUGUUACAUCUGCAUGCAUUGUUACAGUGAACGCCGCUCACAACGCCCUCCGGAACUUCCACAAUUAGCAAAAGCCUAAAUAAAUGUACAGCUCGUAGCACGCACUAUUCCUUGA